AUGAACAGCAAGAACUGGAACGAUCGCGCCGACAAGGACCUGUUUUUCACCAUCUUGUCUGUGAAGAACAUUGGCGUCAUCAGUGGCUCGGAAUGGGUCACCAUUGGUAACGCCCUGCGAGCCAUGGGAUAUGGCUUCACCAACGAGGGUUGCCGGCAGCAUUUUCAGGGGCUGAGACGAGCCCAGAGCAAGGCUGAAGCCAAUGGCGGCAUCAUACACAACCCGUACCGGAAAAACGAUCCAACACUGAAUCCUAUUACAAGGAGACCAGGUCCGGGUCGAGGACGGCCGAAAAAAGAUGCCAGCGGCGAUGGAAGCCAGUCAUCCCCUGGGGAUGUUGGACCAAGCCAGCUCGCCCCUAAUCAGGAUCCCAAUCUGCAGUCAGCUCCUCCGGCCUUCUCAAACAUGCCUCAGCCACAGAUUCAGCAACAAGCAGCGCAGCAGCACCAGCAGUUCCAAGAGCAGCAGCACCCUGGGCAGCAUCCACAGCAACAUCACCCUCACUACCAGCAGCCCCAGGCAGGACAGCCCCCACAUCCCAGUCAGGCGGCCCAUCACUUCGCCUCGCAACAGCACGGCCAGCAAACGCAGCAUUACGGCCCUGUACCCGACCAGCAGGCGCAGGCGCAGACACAAUUGCAUACCCAGACACAGACCCCUCCUACCCCAGCGAUGCAAUCAUCCAUGGACUUACCUUCAUCGGCACAAGCAACUAAACAAGAAACCAUCCAGCCAGCGCCGGCACCCACCACACCCCAUAAUCCUGCUGCAGCAGCGUCGCCGAAUGUUGGCCACAACGGCUCCGGCGUUGAGCACUUGUCAAUACGGUCGGAGGAUGGACAGGGCGAGGAACAAGAUGAGGGCGAGGAUGGCCCUCCUGUGAAGCGGCAACGCUUAGAAAGCCAAGACGAAAUUAGCCAAGACCAGCCUUUGGAUGACGAUGAUCCAGUUCUUGCCCUCGCCGACGCCAACAAUGGGAAUGGCGGUUCCGACCAGUACCCCCCGGAUAGCUUUGACUAUGGCGAAGCUUGA